AUGAUGCAGAGCCCUGACACUCACGGCCCCGUCAGCCCCCAUCGGCCCAGGGAUCCGUACAGAGAUAUUAGUGAACUAUAUAUGGAAUAGAGCAGAGCCCGGACACUCACGGCCCCGUCAGCCCCCAUCGGCCCAGGGAUCCGUACAGAGAUAUUAGUGAACUAUAUAUGGAAUAGAGCAGAGCCCUGACACUCACGGCCCCAUCAGCCCCCAUCGGCCCAGGGAUCCGUACAGAGAUAUUAGUGAACUAUAUAUGGAAUAGAGCAGAGCCCGGACACUCACGGCCCCGUCAGCCCCCAUCGGCCCAGGGAUCCGUACAGAGAUAUUAGUGAACUAUAUAUGGAAUAGAGCAGAGCCCGGACACUCACGGCCCCGUCAGCCCCCAUCGGCCCAGGGAUCCGUACAGAGAUAUUAGUGAACUAUAUAUGGAAUAGAGCAGAGCCCGGACACUCACGGCCCCGUCAGCCCCCAUCGGCCCAGGGAUCCGUACAGAGAUAUUAGUGAACUAUAUAUGGAAUAGAGCAGAGCCCGGACACUCACGGCCCCGUCAGCCCCCAUCGGCCCAGGGAUCCGUACAGAGAUAUUAGUGAACUAUAUAUGGAAUAGAGCAGAGCCCGGACACUCACGGCCCCGUCAGCCCCCAUCGGCCCAGGGAUCCGUACAGAGAUAUUAGUGAACUAUAUAUGGAAUAGAGCAGAGCCCGGACACUCACGGCCCCGUCAGCCCCCAUCGGCCCAGGGAUCCGUACAGAGAUAUUAGUGAACUAUAUAUGGAAUAGAGCAGAGCCCGGACACUCACGGCCCCGUCAGCCCCCAUCGGCCCAGGGAUCCGUACAGAGAUACUAGUGAACUAUAUAUGGAAUAGAGCAGAGCCCGGACACUCACGGCCCCGUCAGCCCCCAUCGGCCCAGGGAUCCGUACAGAGAUAUUAGUGAACUAUAUAUGGAAUAGAGUACCAUUUGGAACACAGAUAUACAAUCUGCAUUAUGUCACCAGAGGAGAACUUUGAAGCAAAUGAAAAUGUCACACCCCGCUACCUCCCGGGACCAGGUUCUCUCCUAUCCCUGCAACCUGCCCAAAAAACAAUUAUGUCUGAAAGGUAGGCAACGUUUAUUCCUCUCUUCUCUCUCUCAUCUCUCUUUUGUUCUCUCACACCCUCACGCUCUCUCUAGUUCUUCACAGAAAUAAUUUGAUUUAUCCACCCUCUCUUUUGUACUCUCUAUCUCUCUCUCUCUCUCUCUCUCUCUCCUCUCUCUCUCUCUCCUCUCUCUCUCUCCUCUCUCUCUCUCUCUCUCUCUCUCUCUCUCUCUCUCCUCCGCUCUCUCUCUCUGUGUUGUCUGUGACUGACUAAAGUGUCGUUUUAAUGUGUGAUACCUCUGUGUGGCUAGCUAAUUGUUCCUGGUUUAAAACAUUUGCUUAACCUGUGAGCCACUGUCUUCACUCAUCAUGUGCUUCUCUGACAGCUCUGAAAACCCAGUGUGUGUUUCACUGCUCAAAGAGAAUACACAGAGAAAUGCCAAACCUCCCCACCUGAACCAACCAAGCAGACUGAAACCUCCCCACCUGAACCAACCAAGCAGACUGAAACCUCCCCACCUGAACCAACCAAGCAGACUGAAACCUCCCCACCUGAACCAACCAAGCAGACUGAAACCUCCCCACCUGAACCAACCAAGCAGACUGAAACCUCCCCACCUGAACCAACCAAGCAGACUGAAACCUCCCCACCUGAACCAACCAAGCAGACUGAAACCUCCCCACCUGAACCAACCAAGCAGACUGAAACCUCCCCACCUGAACCAACCAAGCAGACUGAAACCUCCCCACCUGAACCAACCAAGCAGACUGAAACCUCCCCACCUGAACCAACCAAGCAGACUCAAACCUACCCAUUUGAACUAACGAAGCAGACUGAAAUCUCCCCACCUGAACCAACCAAGCAGACUGAAUAG